UUAAAAAAUCUAAUUGGUGGUUGGGCGCUGGGACUGGCGUAGCCCCAGACUGGAUCGGGCAGGACUCGCGGUGAAAACCACCUCGACCAACCGCUGAUGGCGCUGUGCUUAAAACACGGAUGUGUAGCCUGGAGCCAACGUCUGCACGCACGCACAUGGACCGAGCCUGCCUCCAUGCACGUGUGCGCUUGUCAUGGAUGUCGUCCGUCACUGUCCGUCAUGAAAAAAAGGAACUGUGCCGUAAUUCUGUCAAAGAAAGUCUUCAGUUGGAUACUGAGCAUAUUCAUCAUUUGUUGUGGUUCGUUUAAUUUUUUCCUCCAGCCUGUCAUGGCGUCAGAUAAACCUGAAAACAGAGCAGGUCCUGUGAUGUUAAUGGACCAAUCAGGGAGUGCCUACGGUGGAAUCCUGAAAGAUUUCUCCCCCAGCUUGAAUAUUAACGAUUCUGAUGUCGCCAAAGUGAUUAAGUUUGCAGUGCAGCACAUUGAAGAGAACUACCCUGCUGCAGUCCCCAAGGAUCCUGGAGGAAAAUCCACGGAGCCAUUGGUGUCAGAUCUCAAAAAGUUGAUACUGCAGGGAACCAAAGAUGGCAAAGCCCAGCACUAUUUGGUGGAGAGCACUUUUGUCAGUGUCAAAAAACAGCAGUUUCAGCGCAGGAAAGCCAUCUAUGGCUUGACGUACUCUUUUGGCUUAACCUGGAGCAAUGCCGCCAGUCCACUCAGACACAACAUGGUUGUCUCACUAGACAGGGAAAGAAAUAUGUUUCUGUUUGAACACACUUUUUCCACCGAUAGCAGUCCUGCCUCAGAAAGCGAAUCUGAUCUCUCGGCCACAUCAACCAAGGAGCUGCCCACCGGCAGCCAAUCAGAAUGCCUACAAGAUUCCGACAGUACAGCCGCUGACCAAUCACAGUGCAGGUCAGGCACUCAGGACCUCUGGAGUUCGAAAAGGAGAACUGAGGCAGAAGAAAUUGAAGAUAUUACUCAGUCCAGUGGACAAAACCUGAGCAUCAUCACCCAAAAUAUAUGGAACUUCAACGGCAUUUAUGGGAGCAGUAUUUCUGCGGAUAACGUCGGGGCCUACACUCAGAGGGUUACGCGGUUAGGAAGACUUGUAGCUGACACAAAGGCUGAUAUUAUCGGGUUUCAAGAAGUAAGGUUUGAAGUGAACAAGGGUGGCCGCCUCGGACCUUGCCAAGUGCAACAACUUGCAAAACAUUUGCCUCAAUACCAGUUUGUGUACCAGCCGGCUAUCAACUAUGUUCCAAACAGCCUUGACCGGUCCGAGGAAGGCCUGGCCAUCUUCUCACGGUAUCCCAUCCUGUCGCAUGACUACAUCCUCCUUAGUCGAGAUAUGAACGAUGAGGAGGACCAACAGCACCAGCGGAUCUGCCUCCACGCUGAGAUUAAGACGCCCUCUGUUGGCAGAGUUCACAUUUUUGUGACUCACCUAUCCCUGAGCGAGGCGGCGAGAGAGAGGAGUGUGCUGGAGAUCUGGAAUCACAUGAACAGGUUCCCUGGACCUGCCGUGCUCAUUGGUGACCUGAAUGCGCACCCCCGGAGUAGAAUCAUAAGGUUUCUGCAAGGCGAGCAGGAGAUCGGUGGCGUCAAGACAGAGGGACUGCAAGACGCGUGGCUGUUGAAGAACAAGGAACCCAGGGUUGGCAGAGGGUCUUAUGCAAAGGGGGAGGCUCGAGACCCAGGACUGACAUUCAGCGCGCUGAACGAACAUCUCAGUGAGAGGAUUGAUUACAUAUUUGUGAGGCUCCCCGGCGACACGAAACUGGCCGACAUCUCACUGGUCGACGACGGAGACAGAGGACCAGUAGCGGCAUCCGACCAUCUGGGUUUGAAAGCAACGAUAGCUAGGUCCUGAAUCUUGGACGUCGGAAAUGAAGCAUGCAGUCAAAACUUCGCAGUCCAUGGAGUUGUUCAAGCUCAUCUCAUCUCAUUGCAGGGAUCUCACGAAGGCAGUGAUCUCAGGGUGCCACACGUGUGAAAACAAGGACUGGCGAUCACAGGAAUUUCAUACAAAUACCCGACUCUGAGGUGACGCCUUGUCAGUGCCGGUGAAGUAGAUGGAAUUUUCAAAUUUGGCUGGCUGGGGAAGAAGUACUGUAACACCGCACCCACAGAUUUUGCAUCUGCAUUGGCCGAGGGCCAGUUGAAUGGCAUUGGCUAGUUUUGCUACCCUGCAGUGUCUGCCAGGGUCCCAAACUGCUGCACCCUUAUGAAACCAAGCACUGCACCUGCAGCAAUAAAAGUACUACACACACCACAACUGAUUCUGUCGCAAAUCCACAAGGGUUUCCCAAGUGCUGCCUCAACCAAGCUGGGCAUAAACAUUUUGCAGAGAGGUAGUUUGGGAAAGUGCUUUUAAACAUUCCACAAAUUUCACCCUUGAAACGAAGUUGAUUGAACUGCAUGAAUAAAUCGGUUGCUGCUCACAUGAUCUAACAGAAACUGUAGGAGAGAGAUUUGAAAACAAAACUUUUUAUUUGGUGGUGUGGUAAAGCUAGCCUACCUCAGCGAUCCACGGAGCAUUCUAUUUCAAUAAACAAACGCUCCACCGAUCAUCUCGGGAAGCUCGUUUUACUUUACCACCUGCACUCAGCACAAUCAAUGUAUACAAUGUACUACAGGCUUGGGUUUAAAAUAAGAUAUUCCUAUCAUAUGUACAGAUGUGCCUUCAACUUCAAUUCAAGUCUAGUUUUAUACUUUUCUAUUGAUAUUUAUCAGGCCUUUCCCAAAUGUACAUAGUAACAAAUGCACACAGUACUAACAAAAAAGCAAAGUUGAUGGAGUAUGGAGGGCCAAGUAGAGCAAGAGUUAACUUAUUAAUAAUGGCCGCGAAGCGGUGAGAUUAAUCAGGGAAAAGAGAUUCAGAUUCAGCGCAUACGUGUCUAUAAGCACUUUUGAACUUGCCUCCCGUUAGUGCACAAGAUGGAGUUACUUUUCUAUUUUUUUUUCAAUUUGACACAUCCUGUAAAGUGCUCUUGCAUGUACCUGUAAGUAUGUCACUUCUAGGGAGCAAAAUAAAUCUUUCACGGCUCACGCAUUGAGGCAGUGCAAUACAUGUAUCAUCUGCAAUAGUGUGACCAACUCCGAUCGAACGCACGUUAGUCGACGAUGGUCGGAUCAGUCCAGUCAGCUAUUCGCGACCAGCCUAUUGAGGUCGGUCGCGUCGUUGGUU